CCUAGUGUAAGAAGAAUUGUGCUAGAAAUGGAAGUUAGCUCAAAAUGGAAUUUUGAAGGAAAAGAAGAAGCAAAGAAAGCCUCAGCUUGCACUGUAAGAAGUUAUCUCAAUACCUUAAAUGCAAACAUCAACAAAAAUGAUACUACAAAAAGUGUAAUCCCUCUUAGCCAUGGAGAUCCCAGUGGUUUUCCAAGUUUUCGAACAAGUAAAGUAUCAGAAAAUGCUCUCCUUGAUGCACUUCAAUCUGCGCAAUACAAUGGAUAUCCCCGAAACCCUGACAUUUUCCACGCCAGUAGGUCAAUUGCAGAAUAUCUCUCUCGUGACUAUCCAUACAAACUGUCGCCAAAUGAUGUUCUUGUCACAGCUGGGGCGAAGCAAGCAAUAGAUGUCCUAAUUACAGCUCUGGCUGUUCCUGGUGCUAAUAUUUUGCUUCCUAGACCAGGGUAUCCAGCCUAUGAAGCACUUGCCACAUUUAACCGUCUUGAAAUGAGGCACUAUGAUCUUCUCCCUGAGCAGGAUUGGGAGGUGGACAUCGAUGGGCUUGAAGCUCUAGCAGAUGAUAGAACUGUUGCUAUGGUUGUUAUAAACCCUGGUAAUCCAUGUGGGAAUGUGUACAAGCGAGAGCAUUUGAAGAAGAUUGCAGAGGCUGCUAGUAAGCUUGGAAUGCUAGUAAUAUCAGAUGAAGCCUAUGGUCAUCUAGUGUUCGGUAGUAAUCCGUUUGUGCCAAUGGGCGUCUACGGAGAAAUUGCACCUAUUCUGACAAUUGGUUCCAUAUCAAAGAGAUGGUUGGUUCCUGGUUGGCGAUUUGGUUGGAUUGUGAUGUGCGAUCCCAAUGACAUCCUUAAAAAACACGGGGUUGCGGAGUCUAUCAAGAACUACCACAACAUCGGUGUUGGACCUCCUACACUCACUCUGGGUGCUAUUACUCGUAUUCUUGCUGAAACACCUGAAGAUUUCUACUCAAAUACCAUAAACCUACUGAGAAAAGCAGCAGGCAUUUGCUAUGCUGGUCUAAGGGAGAUUCCGUGCUUUACUCCAUACAAGUCACAAGGAUCCAUGUUUCUUAUGGCAAAACUAAACAUGUCAUUGCUGGAAGGCAUCGACAAUGAUAUGGAAUUCUGCACUAGGCUUGCUAGAGAGGAAUCUGUAAUUGUUCUACCCGGGGAAGCACUUGGAUUGAAGAAUUGGGUAAGAGUUACUUUUGCUGUGGAAAUUUCAGCUCUUGAGGAUGGCCUUAGCAGGAUCAAAGCCUUUUGUUUCAGAAAUGCCAAACAGCAAUAAGCCUUUUUUCUUCCGUCACUUUGUCAAACUUGGUCCAAGUCUACAACAAAAACAAAUACUAAUAAAAGUUGUAGGAGUUGACCGAUGAUUGCUGCUCAACAAUUCAUGUGAGAUACGUUUGAACUGAUUCAAAUUAUGUCAUAUAGGAUGCACAUGUCUACUUGU